AUGACUUUCUUGAAGAUUUUCCUUCUUGUUCCUUUACUUUCCCUCGCGUUUUCUCAGGAAACUUUCACUUCCCACCUCCUGCCGAGGCCUUUGAUCAUCGAAUACCCCGAAAACACUGAGACCCAUUUCAGUGACUUAGAGGAAGAGUUUAAAUUGCACUGUACCAGCUGGAGAUUUUCUGCGGAGGCUAACAACAUCAACCCCUGGAAAACAAUCCCACAGGAAUGUGCAGAGUAGAAGUGACGGUUUGAUCUCGAAAGGGUCUCUAAGGAGGCUGGAGUUUAUGCCAAGGCUGUUGAAUUGAGUGGUGAUGGGAAAGAUGCGUGGAUUUUUGACAUUGAUGACACUCUGCCUUCCAAUCUUCCGUAUUAUGCUGACCAUGGUUAUGGAAUCAUGUUGGGAAUUUUGGAGGUUUUUGAUCAUCUGGAGUUUGAUAGAUGGGUUGAGAAGGCCAUGGCACCCGCUAUAAAGUCCAGCUUGAAACUCCAUGAAGAGGUGUUGGGUUUGGGAAUUAAGGUAUUCUUGCUCACUGGGCGCAGUGAAGGGAAAAGAAAGGCUACUAUUGAGAAUCUGAUCAAUGCAGGAUUUCGAGAUUGGCAUAAGCUUAUUUUAAGGUGA